CAUGGUUGUGCACAUAAAACAGUUGCUGCAGAUGAUGGUGGCUGCUGUCAUUUAUUCAGAAGCAGCUCAACCAGAGUCACUACCAAACUGCCCAACAAUGUGCGGUUCGGUCACCAUUCCUUAUCCAUUUGGAAUCACCGAGGAUUGUUCUUUAGACAACACAUUUCUCAUCAAUUGCAAUAAAACAUCUUCAACCACAACACAUGUACCAUUUUUGCCACAGAGCAAUCAACGAGUUAUAAACAUCUCACUCGAUGGUGUGCUGCGUGUUGCAUGGCCAGUAGCCAGCGACUGCUACACUGAAAACGGUACACUUUUGAACAAAACAAGUUCGGCUAUUAACAUGACAUAUUUUCCCGCCUUGCCUACUCGAAACAAAAUGAUAGCAGUUGGUUGUGACACGUUUGGAGUAUUCACAGCAAAUGAUUCUGGGGGAAACGGCUACAUGGCAGGAUGUGUGGCUUACUGCAAGAGCCUUGAUGAUGUCGUGGAGAAUGAUCAAUCUUGCUCCGGCACUGGCUGUUGCGAGGUUUUAAUACCCCGAGGUCAUGCGUUUACGGAAGUAAGUUAUGGUACUUCAGGCAUAACGAAAAAUCACACGUUAGUACACGACUUCAAUCCAUGUGGGUAUGCGUUUGUGGUUGAAAAUGGAACCUACAGCUUUAACUCCACAGACCUCAAGUUGGAGAAGAAGGAGUUUCCAGUGUUGUUGGAUUGGGCAAUAGGGAACCAAACGUGCGAACAAGCUCAGAAGAAUCUUUCAAGUUAUGCAUGUAAGGCUGACAAAAGUACAUGUCACAAUUCAACGGGGAGAUCUGGUUACCUUUGUAGAUGUAUUGAUGGAUAUUAUGGAAAUCCUUACUUCAAUGAUGGUUGCAAAGAUAUUGAUGAAUGCAAGGUACCCAAUGAUUGUGUUAAGGGAGCAACUUGCAAUAAUAAUCCACCAGGAAGCUAUAGUUGUAAAUGCCCGGCAGGAUAUGAGGGAGACGGGAAAAAUAAUGGAACAAGAUGCAGUCACAAAUCAAGAGAAGAGCUCAUGUCGAUCAUUGCAUUGUGUGUAAGCGUAACUCUCGUAGCUCUACUGGUUGGGAGCUUAUAUGCCUAUUUGGCAUUGAAAAAAAGAAAGCUCAUUAAACUUAAAGUACAUUUUUUUCGACAAAACGGUGGUUUACUAUUACAACAACAAAUAGAGAGGCAUAGAGGAUCCAGUGAAACAGCUAAAGUCUUCACUGUUGAGGAGCUAAAUGAAGCAACCAACAACUUUCAUGAAAGCAGGAUCUUAGGCCAAGGUGGUCAAGGAACAGUUUACAAAGGAGUUUUACAAGAUAAAAGAAUUGUAGCAAUAAAAAAGUCCAAAAUCAAUGACCCAAAACAGAUUGAGCCGUUCAUCAAUGAAGUGGUCAUUCUUUCCAAAAUCAACCAUAGAAAUGUGGUAAAACUCUUGGGUUGUUGUUUAGAGACAGAAGUUCCCUUGCUUGUUUAUGAAUUCAUUCCCAAUGGCACAUUAUAUGAGCAUCUUCAUGAUCAAAACCAAUCUACAAAGCUUACAUGGAAAACAAGAUUAAGAAUAGCAAAAGAAACAGCUGGUGUCCUAGCAUACUUACAUUCUGCAGCUUCUACGCCAGUCAUACAUAGAGAUGUGAAGUCUACAAAUAUACUCCUAGAUGACAAUCUCACUGCAAAGGUUUCUGACUUUGGAGCUUCAAGGAUUGUUCCUCUUGAUCAUACUCAGAUAACCACUCUAGUGCAGGGGACAUUGGGGUAUCUUGACCCGGAAUAUUUCCACACAAGCCAAUUAACAGAUAAGAGUGACGUCUAUAGCUUUGGGGUUGUCCUAGCAGAGCUAUUGACAGGUAAGAAGGCAUUCUCGUUUGCCAGGCCAGAGGAAGAAAGAAACCUUGCAAUGUGCUUUGCUUCUUCAAUUAAAGAGGGCCGGUUACUUGAUAUUUUGGACAGAAAUAUAAAUGAGACAAAUAUUGAGAAAUUAAAGGAAGUUGCGGAUAUUGCAGAGAUGUGUUUAAGGGUGAAGGGUGAGGAAAGACCCACGAUGAAAGAAGUGGCAAUGGAAUUAGAAGGAAUAUUUGUUAUUGAAGAACACAAUUGGGCAAGAGGCAACACGUCUUCAGAAGAGAAUGAAAGCUUGCUGAAAGCAACAUCAUCCAUAAUCGAUGUUGAAGAUAGCAUUGGCGGAAAUGGCAUUACUUCUUCUAAUGCAUAUAGCACAAACGAAAUUUCAAUGUCGUUGAUUGGUGGAAGAUGAUUAGUUGAUAUAGGACAAUUUUAUAUCUUAGUUAUGUUAGUAUUUUUUUUAUUUCACCGGGAUUUGAACACAGGUCAUUUAUCUCUUUCAAUUCCUAUUAGUUAAUUAUAAUACUAAGGAAUAAAUGUGUAUUACCCUCUAAAUUUAACAUCAUAUUCAUAUUUGUAUGAAUCUAAAUCUAGGGUUUGCA